GGCUUGUGACAACCGGGCGCAGCGGGAGCCAGAAAGCUCAAAAUGAACAGAAAGAAGCUGCAGAAGCUUACCGAGUCUCUGUGCAAAUCCGCUAAACAUUUUAAUAAAUUUGAAGUGGAAUGUCUCAUAAAACUUUUCAACAAUCUGGAUGUGGAACCCAGCGACAGACAUGCUGUUGUUGGUUUAGAUCGCAACUCAUUUCGCAAUAUUCUACAUGUGACAUUUGGAAUGACAGAUGACAUGAUUAUGGACAGAGUGUUCCGUGCUUUUGACAAAGACAAUGACAGCUGUGUUAGUGUAACAGAAUGGGUAGAAGGCUUAUCAAUAUUUCUUCGAGGGACUUUGGAAGAAAAGAUGAAAUACUGCUUUGAGGUUUAUGACCUGAAUGGUGAUGGAUAUAUUUCACGAGAAGAAAUGUUUCAUAUGCUGAAAAACAGUCUGCUAAAACAGCCUUCAGAGGAAGAUCCCGAUGAAGGAAUUAAAGAUUUGGUAGAAAUAACACUGAAGAAAAUGGACUAUGAUCACGAUGGCAAAGUCUCUUUUGUGGAUUUUGAAAAGGCAGUAAGAGAUGAAAAUCUCCUCUUAGAAGCAUUUGGGCCAUGUUUACCUGAUAUGAAGGCUUUUGACUCUUCUGGAAAAGUACAUCAUCAAAUACUAAUGCGAUGACUUAACAGUGUAGGAACUCUUACAGUAAAUUUCUUGUAAUAAAUUUUUCAUUUAAUACAAUUAAUUUUUUCCCCUGCGGCUAUAUUAAUGUCUAGUUAUAUAAACUGCCUAACUACAUGCAUUUCUGAAAACCAGAGUGUUUCAAAAAUAAAAGCAUCAGAAUAUCAUU